GUAGGGGUGUUAUGGUCAUUUUAGAAGAAGUAGAGGCGUGUUUGGUGAAAACAAACCGUAAUUCGGCCCCGAGAUAAUUCUCUCUCAAACCUUAAGCCUUUUAGACAAAACACAAACCGAAGAGAGAGAAAAAACGCCGAAGAGAGAUUUUUUUUUUUUUUUCCCUCAAAGCGAAAGAUAGAAGCGAAUUAUAGACUGACUGGACUGAGCCACUCAAUUGUUAUAAAUUUCUCUCCUAUUCAAAAUUAAACCGUUAUAAUAAUAACAGACCCUUGAAAUCAUUCCCGCCAUGGUGGCUCAGCAAGAGCACCAUCAAUCCCACGACCAAGACCACCAACAUCCACCGCAGAAACCCUCUUCAGGGAACUUGGAAAAGACACAAUCUUUAAUUACAGCACUUGGUCUCGUCUCUCGAGACCUCCCUCUUCCUCCUCAUCUCUUUAACUCUGUCUUCUCCAUCUAUUCCGAUUCCCAAAUUGCCCUUAAUGACGCCGACAAUGAAUUGCAAGAUGACUCUGGAAUCCCUUUUGGAGGAGAUUUGAUGACUGAAUUUGAGGAUGCACUAUCAAAGCAAAGGACUAAUUGCAUGUCAGGUUCUUUAUUGGGGGAAUCAAGGGAAAAACGAUAUCAAGGCCAUAUUCUGAAUCGCUUACAUGAACUUGAAGAACUGCCCUCAACCAGAGGUGAGGACUUGCAGACGAAGUGCUUACUUGAACUUUACGGACUAAAGCUAGCAGACUUGCAACGGAAAGUACGGACAGAAGUGAAUUCAGAGUACUGGCUUCGCUUAAAAUGUGCAUCUCCUGAUAAGCAGCUGUUUGACUGGGGUAUGAUGAGAUUGCGCCGUCCUUUAUAUGGUGUAGGAGAUGCUUUUGCCCCAGAAGCUGAUGAUCAAUUCAGAAAGAAACGGGAUGCAGAGAGGCUGUCUAGGUUAGAAGAGGAGGAAAGGAACCAUAUAGAGAGUAGAAAAAGGAAAUUUUUUGCAGAAAUACUUAAUGCUGUCCGAGAGUUCCAAUUGCAAGCUCAGGCUUCUCUAAAACGAAGGAAGCAAAGGAAUGACUGGGUUCAGCAAUGGCAUGGAAAACAAAGGCAGCGUGCUACACGGGCUGAAAAACUGAGGCUCCAAGCACUGAAGGCUGAGAAUGAUGCAGUUUAUAUGCAAUUAGUAAAGGAAAGCAAGAAUGAACGACUUACAACACUUCUUCAAGAAACAAAUAAACUCCUUGUUAAUUUGGGGGCUGCCGUUCAGCGUCAGAAAGAUGCAAAACAUUCAGAUGGCUUUGAACCCUUAAAAGACUCGGAAGCUGAUUCUCCUGAGUUGGACCUUUCGAGGAAUGAAAGCCCAGGGGAUACACCCCUUGAGGAAGAUGCAGACAUCAUUGAUUCUGAUCGCAAUGAUGAUAGUAGUGAUUUACUUGAAGGGCAGCGACAGUAUAACUCGGCCAUUCAUGCAAUUCAGGAGAUGGUAACUGAGCAGCCAUCGAUGCUUCAAGGUGGGCAGUUAAGACCAUACCAAUUAGAAGGACUUCAAUGGAUGCUCUCUUUGUUCAACAACAACUUAAAUGGAAUAUUAGCUGAUGAGAUGGGGUUGGGGAAAACAAUACAAACUAUUUCAUUGAUAGCAUAUUUAAAGGAGAAAAAAGGUAUAUCAGGGCCACACUUGAUAGUUGCUCCAAAGGCUGUACUACCCAAUUGGAUUAAUGAAUUCUCAACAUGGAUUCCUGAGGAUGAGAUUAAAGCUGUUCUUUAUGAUGGGCGUCUAGAGGAGAGGAAGGCAUUAAGAGAUCAGUUAACAAGAUAUGGCAACUUGGAUGUGUUGAUCACACACUACGACCUAAUCAUGAGAGAUAAAGCAUUUUUGAAGAAAAUUCACUGGCGUUACAUGAUUGUUGAUGAAGGGCAUCGAUUGAAAAAUCACGAGUGUGCGCUUGCACGAACUCUAGAAUCUGGGUACCAGAUUGAACGUAGGCUUCUACUAACUGGAACUCCAAUACAGAAUAGCUUACAGGAACUAUGGUCUCUACUUAAUUUUCUCCUUCCAAAUAUCUUUAAUUCUGUUCAGAACUUUGAGGAGUGGUUCAACGCUCCUUUUGCGGAUAGAUGUCAUGUAGCUCUUACUGACGAAGAAGAGUUGUUGAUUAUUCGGCGUUUGCAUCAUGUUAUCAGGCCGUUUAUAUUGAGGAGGAAAAAAGAUGAGGUGGAGAAAUACCUUCCUGGAAAAUCCCAGGUCAUACUGAAAUGUGAUAUGUCAGCAUGGCAGAAAGUAUAUUACCAACAAGUUACGGAGAUAGGCAGAGUUGGCCUACAAACUGGCUCUGGGAAAUCAAAAAGUCUACAGAAUCUUUCUAUGCAGCUUAGAAAGUGUUGUAACCACCCAUACCUUUUUGUUGGAGAUUAUAAUAUGUGGCGGAGAGAAGAAAUAAUUAGAGCAGCAGGAAAGUUUGAACUACUUGAUCGCUUACUUCCGAAACUUCGAGCGACUGGCCACAGAGUGCUGCUUUUUUCUCAAAUGACCCGUCUUAUGGACAUUCUUGAAAUUUACUUGCAACUACAUGAUUUUAAGUAUCUUAGACUUGAUGGCUCAACAAAAACUGAGGAAAGAGGAACUUUACUAAAGCAAUUCAAUGCUCCAGACUCUCCUUAUUUCAUGUUUCUAUUGAGCACUCGUGCUGGAGGGCUUGGCCUGAAUUUACAAACUGCUGAUACUGUAAUAAUAUUUGAUAGUGAUUGGAAUCCUCAAAUGGACCAACAAGCAGAGGAUCGUGCACAUCGUAUUGGACAAAAAAAGGAAGUAAGGGUCUUUGUGUUGGUUAGUGUUGGAUCAAUAGAAGAGGUAAUUUUGGAGCGUGCAAAACAGAAAAUGGGCAUUGAUGCAAAGGUUAUCCAGGCAGGAUUAUUUAACACAACAUCCACAGCCCAGGACAGAAGAGAGAUGUUAGAGGAGAUCAUGCGCAAAGGAACAAGCUCUCUUGGAACAGAUGUUCCGAGUGAGAGAGAAAUUAACCAUCUCGCUGCCCGAUCAGCAGAAGAAUUUCUGAUAUUUGAGGAGAUGGACAAGGAGAGAAGGAAAAAAGAAAAUUAUAGAUCACGUCUCAUGGAAGAGCACGAGGUACCAGAAUGGGCAUAUCCUGCCCCUGAGAAGGAAGAUAAAGCAAAAGUUUUUGAUCAGAAUAAUCCUGCUGUCUUGGGAAAGCGGAGAAGAAAGGAGGUCACUUAUGCUGAUACAUUAAGUGAUUUACAAUGGAUGAAGGCUGUGGAAAGUGGACAGGACAUAUCAAAGUUGUCAACUAAGGGAAGGAGACGGGAACAUCCUCCAUCUGAGGGCAAUGAUUCAUAUAGUAAUAGUGCUGGAGCAGAAAAAAAGUCUCUGGAAUUAAAGAAUGAAACUAUGCCUGCGGCAAGCGAGGGAACAAGUGAAGAUACUUAUGGUUCAGCCCCAAAGAGAUUCAAGCCUGAUGGAGGAGUUACUGGAAAACCCAAAUAUCAGGGUAUAGAAAAUUCAGAACAUCAAGUUGCCGGAGGAAGCAAUUGGAAUGGGCACAUAUUUAUGUGGAGUACCCAUAAGAAGAAAAGAUCUAGUUAUGUUCCCCCGAGUUCAUCAUCUGAUUCUAGAGGGCCAAAUUCCAAUGGAAGAGGAAAUCGUUGGGUUUGAUAUUUAUCAACCUACAGUAAGCUGUGUUAUGGUUCUGGGGGAUCCAUCCUAGUCCUCGAGCCUUCUUUAUCUGUCAAAAAGAAAAAGGCUCUAAUGGAGUUGUCGCUGCUGGCCUAUGAGGAAUCCCGACUCAAUGAUCAUGCACGCUUUAUUUCCAAUAUAGCACUCCCAACUUGCCGGCGCCUAAAUCAGCCAGUAACAUAUCUCGCAUAAAUCAGCUAGUAAGGUAUCACAUACGAAAUUUAUGGCACACGCCCCUGCUUAUUUCCAUUGGGACUGCUUCGGCAGGGCCAGGUAUUGCGAAGCUGUGACAGCUUUGUUUUAUUGGUACUUGUAAUCUCAGAAAUCAACAACAAUGCUAUCGCAUUUGCUAUAGACUUGCCUUUUAUUUCAUUGUUCUGGCUAUUUAAGGGCCAGUUUUUUGAA